UGUGUGUGUGUGUGUGUGUUCGUGUUCGUGUUCCAGGAAUCGACUGGAUCUGGAAGGUUGGGGAUUCCCGCGUGUGCGUGCGUGUGUGCGUGUGCGUGUGUGUUGACGAGUUGCGCGGCUGCCAUAGUUUACAAUCGUUUUCAUUAUAUUCCCCGGCGAAGAUCUGCCAUGUUUAGGACGUUUCUUUACGAUUAUGCCCCUUUUCUCAGUAAGCAGGGAGUGUAGGGGAGUGGUAGGGACAGAGCAGGGCGUGGUGGAGGCAGUGUGGCGGUGGUAGCGGCGGUGGCGGUGGCUGGCAGCAAUCCAGGCCUCCCCUCACUCACUCUCCCCUCGGCCCGCACCUCUGGAAUGACUCUCGCCCUCACUCCGACUCGCGAAUAACUCCAGUAAACCUCCUGCCUCGCCCUCCGCCCGCCGCGCCCCGACACCACCUCGAGGCCGCACUCACGCAGCGGGCGGCGACGACGGCCAUGAAGACAGGGGAUCCGAAAUAAGCGACGAAAUCAGUGCGAACGAAAGACUAUUUGAAUUUCACGUUUCUGAAUAAUAAAAAGAAUGACGAUAAAAGUGACGCAUUAAAAAAAAAUAUAUAAAAAAAUAUACAAAAAAAUCACUGUUUAUGAUCCUGAGUUGCGAGAUUGUUCCUAAAAGUGCCAAAUAGUGCGUAAGGAAACAGUGUACGCGAACAGAGAAUAGGAAAUAGAAACGCUCCUAAAAACAACCACAUAUUACACUAUUCCUGAGAACCACACUGCGUCAGACAAGAUGAUAAAAGCAGUGGGACGGAAGUACACCCGACAUUAGGCAAGUGUAGUGGAAAUGACAACAGUGCAAUAAGUGACUGAAGAUGAAGAAAUAUACCUACGUGGAAGGAUCCGAUGACUGAGUGACUGAGUGAGUGACUGCGUGAGUGAGAAGGUCAGGGAGAAAAUGUGCAGCCAGGAAUGUUAAGAACAAAAGCGAUAAGAUUACGUUACGUUCUCCUUAGUUAUAAUAUAUCCACUGGGGAAUGUAAGUAGUUGGAAAAGUGUCAUAAAGUAUUGAUGGUAAAUAGAGAACACUAUAGACAACUUUAUACGUGAACUUAAAGAAGCGGAAUAACUUAGGAUAAAGAAAAUAAAAAGUCCAUUAACAAAACUCACUGAGGAAUAGAAAGUGAAAAGAAAAAAAAAAAAAUACUUGAACUUAGAGAAACAAAACUUGAUAAGAAGAGGAGUCGAUUAACCAAAACCCAUUGAAGAAUAGGAAAUAAUAAAAACGAAACAGAUAAACUGAAAAAAACAAACUUGAUCAAAAAAAGAAGAAAAAGAGCCCAUUAACAAAAUCCAUUGAAGAAAUAGAAAGUGAUAAGGAAAAUAAUCACUGGCAAAUGUCCCACACGUCACGAGCCAUCAUUGAUAAGUAGAGGACACACACACACGUUGACAGGACACGUGUCUGUAAGAACUCCGUGGACAAAGUGCGUGAAAUGAAAGAAAUAAGGAAAGUUAAGAAGAAAUCCCUCAUGAGCGUGCUGUUGUAAAGCUGAGAAAUUCUGGACACAUGAAGUUAAGGAAGCAGGGAAACUUGAUCCAAGGAGAAAUCGCUCAAGAACAUGACGUAAAUAAACCAAUGCAUCAAUACGUGAAGUCAGAUAAGGACACAUGCUUGAUGACUUAACGCCAGUGAUAUUAUAGGACUCAUAAAAAAACUUGAUAAAAAUUGAAUGCCCAAGAACGUGUUGCCGUAGAAGUACCAUCUCUCCUUUGAAUCUGAUAAGUGACACGUGGCUGAGAAUUAAAUAUACGUGGAACUGAAAGAAAUCCUAACACCUGAUAGAAAACAGUAAAAGAAGGCAGAAAUUACCCACAAAAGCACAUACUAUAAAACUUUAAUCUCCUCGGGACUCCAAAAGACUCAAACCACUGUGAAAAUUCAGCUGAGGACAAGUUUAGGGAAGACAUAACGGGGAGGGAUUUCUGCUCUUCACCGUCCUCACUAUCCUCACCAUGUCAGACCGGUCACCGAAGCGAAGAUGGGUCGAGUUCAUGCCAAGUUUUCUCAUGGCCUCUUCAUCCCCCGAGGCCGGCCCGUCCUGGCGCACACACCCCUUUGGCUGCAUGCUGCUACCCCCCUCCACCACCACCACCACCACCACCACCAGCAUCACCUCCACAGCGGCAGCCAUCGCCACCACGCCCCCGGCCUCCUGACCGCCUCCACAUCCGCCAGAGGUGCCAGUAGAGCCAGCCUGUCAACUCCAUCUCCCGUUCACACUUUCGUCUCCGCCACGUCCCCUCACUUCUUCGCCAGAGGGCAUGGCGCAUCCUCACACGUCACCUGCGUCACCUCUACGUCCCCGCACCUCGUCAGUACUCAAAGUUACGUCACAGCGUCAAGCGAGGGCGGCGCUACGUCACUCAGCGUCAAGAGCCCCAGUUGCGUCACAGCCACAAUCACAUCGUCGCCGACCAGUGUCUACCAGCGGCUGCAGUUUGCCACACACAGAAUGUUGCCGCGAGGAGGGGGACGCUGGGUCUGGAGGGGGAGGGAGGGGGAGUGGGGGGUAGUGGUGGACACGACCCGCCCCUCCCCCUCCCUUCUUGCAGCCCCCACGAACUCCCAAGACAAGGAUGAUGUCUUCUCCACCAGUAUUAUUUCAUGCAGCACUGACAGGGAGGAUAUGGACUUCAGGAAAAGCAUGUUGAGAAUGGAAGAGGAGCUACAGAAUCUUCAGCUUCACUCCCAACGCUCCACGCCUCUGGAACCCCAACAAGGAAGGUUUCACCCAGACGCCGGGGGAGCAGGAGAGGGUGGAGGCGGGGACACGAGCAGCCCUGACUCGCCCACUGGCGUGCACAUAAGAUACAGGGACGGUCAAAGGGUUAACUGGCUAGAGGGAAUCAUUGGCUGUCUUCGCCCCGUGUGGACCAUCAUUGGCAAAGCGGCACUCAGCGAGAAACAGGCGCAAACUGACAACUGGGAGAUCCCGUUCGAGGAAGUGUCUUCGCUGCAGUGGCUUGGGUCAGGGGCGCAGGGGGCAGUGUUCAGGGGGCAAAUGAGAGGCUCCUGGGUGGCUAUCAAGAAAGUGAAGGAACAGAAAGAAACGGAUAUCAACCACUUGAGAAAACUUAAUCACCCCAAUAUUGUCCGGUUUCUGGGUGUGUGUACAGCAGCGCCCUGUUACUGCAUUGUGAUGGAAUACUGCCCCUAUGGUCCUCUCUACAACCUCCUCAAGGAUGGACAGGAUAUACCACCAGACCGAGUUGCUCUUUGGGCCAAGGAAAUUGCAUCUGGCAUGAACUACCUCCACCAGCACAAGAUUAUCCACAGAGACCUUAAGAGUCCCAAUGUCCUGAUUGGGAGUAACCAAGAGGUCAAGAUCAGUGACUUUGGCACCUGCCGGGAGUGGAAUGAUGUCAGCACAAGGAUGAGUUUUGCCGGCACCCUGGCCUGGAUGGCACCGGAAGUCAUCCGGAACGAACCGUGCAAUGAGAAAGUUGACAUAUGGUCAUUUGGAGUGGUGCUAUGGGAACUGCUGACCUGUGAGAUCCCGUAUCGUGAUGUUGACAACUCUGCCAUUAUCUACGGCGUUGGGUCAAGUUCACUGCAUCUUCCUAUUCCAUCAACGUGUCCCGACGGCUUCAGGCUCAUUGUGCAGAUGUGCUGGAACAGUAAGCCGAGGAACCGACCUUCCUUCAAGUAUAUUCUGAUGCACCUCGAUAUUGCCGCGGUGGAAAUCCGCAGCACACCACCAGAGACUUACUUUAAGACUCAGAUGUCCUGGAAGGCUGAGAUCAGACAGCAGAUGGCAUCAAUGAACUCCCGAGCCUCACACAUUCCCCGCUUGGAGGAAGAUCUUGUGCAGCGACGCCACGAUGAACUCAAACAUGCUCAGGACAUAAGGGAACAUUGGGAAAGGAAGCUGGUCAUUGCAAAUGACCUGUACCUUGAGCUGUCUGCUGCCAUGCUUCAGCUGGAGCAACGUGAAAAAGAGCUUCUGAAGUCUUCCAGGCGUGAGCAUGCCAAUCAGAUCCACAAAGGGAAGCGGAGAAUUGUGAAGCCACUCAUCCGUGCCCAGGAGCGGCUGCAGGCCAGGCGGGGGGCGGGAGGGGCAGGAACAGCCACCUCCUCCACCCCGACUAGCCCCGACACACAGGCUCCCUCACCAGCCCACCAACCACACCAGGGUCGUUCCAAAAAGCCUCUAUACACUGAAAUGGGAACCAACAAUCUGCCACUCUCCACGACUCGGCCGGCCUCACUCCAUAUUGGCCAGUCUGCAGCUUCGCCUUCCGUUGGUGCGCCUGCUCAGGAAGCCAGCCAGCAGGAGGCAGUGGAUGGUGGCCGUGUAGGGUCCGGACGCAGGAGGACACGUCACCACCAAAGAAACAAGAGCCACGGUGGUGUUGUGGCUUAUGUCAGUUCAGGCACCAGCCCAAGACAUGCCUUGCCACCCGACAGGAGGGGUUACAGCCUGAGCCCCAGCCAGGAACGUGUGCCAGUGCUGGUGGAUUCUGGGACUCAAACAGACCACAUGGACAUGAGUGAGACUGACACAUCACCAGUCAAAACCCCUGGCCCACACAAACCCUCCUCCCUCCCUCUCCAACCUGAGGAAGGUGAUGGUGGUGGGGGAAGUAGUGUUGACCCCAGUAACCCUGCCUGUGGUCACACUACAACAGAGACCAGUCCCAAUGGCAACACCCUGUCAGAGCAGCAGAGUCCCUGCUGUGAACACUGCCCAAGACAACAAUAUCGCCGGUUCACCUCAACAGACUCCAAUGACUCCAACAAAAAUUUCCCAAUGGCAGCCCCAGUUGCACCACGCCUUGGUGAAAGCCACCAACCAGAAUACACCAUUGAAGAGACCCUGCAGAUUCUCAACAAUAACGAGGAUGAUGUUGACAUCCUACACCAGCUGGGUGACAAAUGGGAUGCGAUCGAGCGAGUCUUGGCAGAUAAGAAAGCCUUGCCAAACGGCUACUCUCGCGUCUUGCACUCCCCACUCAGCAUGAGGUACGACUCCAAAAACGACCUCUCAGAAUCCACACCCAUGGAGGUUGGUCAGCCCCAGAUUGAGGGCAUGUCCCAGAGCCAGUCUCCCACCACCACCAAUGACGAGGACGAGGACGACGAUGACGAUGAUAUUGACGACGAUGAAGAAGAGAGACACUCAAGUGUAGAUCCAGACAUCCUCAACCGUAACUCUGACAUGGUAGCUUCCAGCGAGUUAGACUCGAGCCACGACUCCGUAGAGCAUGAAGUGUCUGCCUCAGAGGAGGAGGAAGAUGAGGAGGCCCUUGAUGCUCAUUACCAAGUUUUAAAACGAAGGUGCUUCAUGCGGAGGCCGUUGCCACGCAGCAAGAACCACCGCACUGUGUGUCUGACUCGCUCUACACACAGCACCCAGAGCAGUGAGGGUGGUGGCUCUGAGGAGGAGGGUGGGAGUGGCCUUGGCUCACUGCGACAUGGGUACUACAGUCGAGGGAUUAGUUUGGAGGGUAUCAGCCGCUACUCUUCCAGGCUUAUGAGUGGCGCUGGUCCGUCCCGCAACAGUGACACAUCUGACUCAGAUGAGGGUGCCGGGGAAGGUGACGAGGAUGUAGUGAGUGUGAAGGCCGUGGUGCUGCAAGACACACAGAGACUGCGAGGUGUUCAAGGGUCAGCCAGUCACUCCCAGACACCUGAGCGGAACUCUUGGUGAACACCCACACUCUGAUUAUUAUUACUAGCCGAUAAGUUCUACGAUAUGUUUCCUGUGAGAUGAACUGUCCUGUCAGAAAACCAGAUCCAUAAGUGUACUACUAGCAGAUAACUAUCCUGUGAUCAAAGUAACAUUCCACUCAAAUGAAGAGCCAGUCAGGAGUCAGCUACCUUAUUGGUGUCAAAGGAGGAGCCGCAGUGAUGAAAAUGCAAGAUAUUCCAUUAAUUUUUAAGUACUGUUCUAAUUGAAGCAGAUGUUGAAGAUCUCCAAGUCUUAUGGGUCUCUGAAUGACAAAGAACUGAAAUGACAAAAUAAGUACAUAAAUAAUUACAUAUGACUGAAUAGACAGGAUUGUUAUUGUCUGUACCACAUCACUUCCUUCCUAUGUCACACCCUGUAGUGACUUGAGAUGCUGAGGAGGUGCUGGUUGUCUCAUUUUCUGUGUUACAUAUGGAGUUCAGCCAAGGGAAGGAGAACCUGAGUUGUAUGGACAUGGGAGAUGGCUCAUGUGUUAUUGUGAAAAUAAUCUACCCUCUCUUUUCAUGCAUGCGGGAAUUCGUAUAUCACCCGUGACAAGCCUCGGAUUACACAGAGGGGCCUCCUAACCUUACUUUGUUUUCUCUAUGUAUCUGACUAUAUUUAGACACUUUCAUCAAGGACAGAUAGCCUGGGUGCUAGAGAUACUGGUCACUCGUACCCAACACUCAGUUUCAGCAUAAGCUAUCACACUAUACUUGAUGUUAGUAUUGAACCCAUGUCAGGAAGGAAAACUCUUUAUAAGUCAUGAUGAAUUGAGCAAAAGUAUCCUGUUUAAGUGAUUCUUUUAAGUUCCAUUGCAACUCAGUAAUACAUUUUUUUCCCUUUUUUACUAUUUGAAUGAUAGUUAUCUGAGCUGCAUUACUGUUCCACCAAAGAAGUGUGCUGAAAAGCCUAAGGAGGUGACCAACAAACUUUCUUUAAUAAGUAGCAGUUUAUGAAUCAUGUGGUGUGGUGUUUCAUCAAGUAAUUAUUCAGAUCUUUUACACUUGAAAUUCAGGCAUUGCUCUAAAGUCAUGAGUGGAGGAUGUGAGAAAGUCAGUGUGUGUGAAGGGCGACCCAGUAGUGACUCAGUGCAAAUACAUGACGUGACAUUCCCAGCCAGGGCAACGGUAUGACUUGGUUAUCACUUGUGUUCCCUAAAGACGACAUUAAGAGUUAUAAUACGUAGUAUACACGAUGCAUUGACGUCUCUACUCCUCUCUGUUCAUCUUGGUUGGUGUCAGUGAAGCAUUCCCUGUGGGUGUGGCUGCCUCAUGGUUGCUGCACCAAUCUAGCCACUAAUGUUGGGGGAGGAUUUAACAUUUGCAUCCUCACUUAUACCUAACUUUCUCGUUACUAUAAUCACCUGACCUUAUUCUCUGGAUAUGUAACCUUAACUAGGAAACACCUGAAAGACAUAUGUUCUUCUCCCAGACAUUCCAUUACUACUAGUUCAGUGUAAGACAUUUGCCUCAUGAGAACGGUUAUUGUAAAAUCUUAAAUAAGGCUUUGUUUCAAUUGAUAUUAUACAUUAUUAUUAUUAUUAUUAUUAUUAUUAUUAUUAUUAUUAUUAUUAUUAUUAUUAUUAUUGCUAUGAUCUUUAAGUGCAAUGUAUGUACAGAAUGGUGGUUGUGUUUGUGUUUAAUCUAGUCUGGGGUGAAAAUACUCCACUUUUUGAAUCACUGCUUGAGGUAGUGUUGGCAGUCUGUUGCUGAGGGUGGUGGUGACAAGGACCUUGGCUGGGAACACCUCAACAGUUACCUAUAAUACAUUUCCAAUACAUUUUCCCUAACUGUAUUUGAUCGGUAGAUUUUAUUUGAGAUGACGCACUCACAAGAAAUUUGACAUGCUAAAGUUUAACCUAUUUUUAUCUAGGCUUCAAAAUCUCAGAUUAACUUACACCUGUUUGAGAUUUAUGAAGCUAAGAUAAAAAAUGGUUAGACUUCAGCCAUUUUUCAUCUUAGCCUCAAAAUCUCAAAUGGAAAGGCACAAGUUCCUUUGAGAUCUUGAAGCUGAGGUAUAAGAGUGACCCAGCCAGCAGUGAUAGUGUAUCCAUGCACUGAACACUACAAGUGCCACCCCACCGACUCUUAGACAACCAACAGGGUCCUGCCAGAUGGAAAUGGGUGAAGAGUUGUAAAUUAUUUCUCAUUAUGUCCCCAAUUUUAACAUUGUAAAUAAUCACAUCAAUUCCAUUUUAUCAUUAUCGUUCAUCAUCACUCCUGAAGGGGAAGAAAAUACCUCAGAAUGGUGUGUGGGACCUCAAGCAGUGUUUUAAAAGAUACUGCUGGAAUUCUCGAGAGUUUGGACACUAUGUUGUGAAGGAUUAAUAGAUUCGUCUGAUUCUGUUGUUGAUUGAAAUGUUAUCAAGGUACCGCUAAUGUUGUAUCCUUUACAGCUGUUAUUAUUAUUAUUAUUAUUAUUAUUAUUAUUAUUAUUAUUAUUAUUAUUAUUAUUAUUAUUAUUAUUAUUAUUAUGAGUGAGUUAAGUAGUUCAUUCAUUGUUAUCAUUCAAGGGCUGUUCAUCAUCUUGGUCUUAGUUUUACGUACAGAGACUCGUAUGUAUAUAAUUAUGUACUAACUUAAAUGUUCCAAUGUAAGUGAAAGUCUGACAGUAAAAUUAUGUAUAUUUUUCACUACAUGCAUACAUACACACCUACAUACAUCCAUGCAUACUUAUGUAACACAACAUAAAUCUUGAAGAAAUUUAUCGAGUACUACUACUACUACUACUUUAGGCCCAUAAGGAAUACUGAAGGGAAAUGCUUGCGUUUAUUCUCAUACCGAAAAAAAUAAAAUAAAAACUAUUACACGUUUGAGAAGAACCGGCCUUAAUUAUUGUAGUAAGAAAUAUUUAAAAAGAAGUACAUACAUACUAUUAGGUGUACUAUUUUGAGAGAACCCCUAUUAUAGCUCUAAUUAGCUCUAUGUAUAUAUUGUGUAUAUCGUAGAACUUUAGAUAGGUUUGGAUAUAUACAUGGUGUUGUAUAUAGUGAGGACCUUCAUUUUCACUACUGUGUAUAAGGAGUUGUAUAGUUCUCUCUCUCUCUCUCUCUCUCUCUCUCUCUCUCUCUCUCUCUCUCUCUCUCUCUCUCUCUCUCUCUCUCUCUCUCUCUCUCUCUCUCUCUCUCUCUCUCUCUCUCUCUCUCUCUCUCUCUCUCUCUCUCUCUCUCUCUCUCUCUCUCUCUUGUCCUGCCUGUCUCAUUGCCUGAAGUCCUCUUGCUUAUCAAAGGGACUCAACAAAUUUACCUCCUAAGCUCCCAUUCUUUCAUCUGUUCAUGCGUUCAUUUCAUGUAUAUAUGUGUGCGUCUUGCUCUCUCUCUCUCUCUCUCUCUCUCUCUCUCUCUCUCUCUCUCUCUCUCUCUCUCUCUCUCUCUCUCUCUCUCUCUCUCUCUCUCUCUCUCUCUCUCUCUCUCUCUCUCUCUCUCUCUCUCUCUCUCUCUCUCUCUCUCUCUAAUCAUAAUAUGUCUCAGUGUUUUUACAGUUUAUUUAUGAAACAGAGUAAUAUCUAUUUUUUCUAUUUAUUGUUUGAUUUUAAUGAUAAACUAAAGACCUUUUCUAUAUGUAUAAUAAUUUCUAUAUUUUUCAUAGGCUCUUCUAUUACAAUUUAGUGAUAUUUUUAGGUGUAAAAAUUCCAUGUGUAUUUAUAAAUCAUGGCUUGUCUUCUCCCUUUUAUGGUAAUUUUUCUUUUUAAGCAUCUUAAGUUAUGUCAAUGUUUCUCUCUCUCUCUCUCUCUCUCUCUCUCUCUCUCUCUCUCUCUCUCUCUCUCUCUCUCUCUCUCUCUCUCUCUCUCUCUCUCUCUCUCUCUCUCUCUCUCUCUCUCUCUCUCUCUCUCUCUCUCUCUCUCUCUCUCUCUCUCAUUAUUGUUAACCUCUUCCCUGUUUUUCUUUGAUUAAUAUAACCUUCACCAUUCUCAUCUUCAGACAUUUCCUGAUCACAUCAUUUCUCUAACUCCAAAACUCACCACUCUUCACUGGACUCUAUUCCCAAACAUCUCAGCAUCUCACCUCAAUUACUUUUUAAGAGGCUGUAGUGGAAGUUAGAGUUUUCAGGGAUGUCUUUUAUGAUUCCAGUGAUAGUUGAAGAAGAAUUCUGCAACAUCAGUGGGAAAAUGCCCUAGAAAACCUGACUCAUCAUCUCUUUGGCCUUUGAAAAUAGUUCUUAUGAGAGUUCUGAGUGUUUUGAAAUAUGGGUCCCCUUCUAAUGCACCUUUCCUCCACACAGGCUCAGAACUCUUCAAGCCACACCUACAUACACACACACAAACACACCUACACAUGGCAGAACAUUAAGGAAAUUAUACUGUAGCUUUCACUUGUAUAUUUUCACCCUCCCAUAGACAUAAAAAAGUGGGAAAUAAUACUGUAAGAAAAGAUACGCAGAUUUUUAAAUCGAAACCUGGUGCCAAACAUUUCCCAUUUUAUUUCAACAUUCUAACAGCACCAUGUUUUCUUAUAUAUUUUACAUAAAAGGUACAACAAAAGUGACUUAUUAAUAAUAUACACAUUUAGAAGCCUUCUCUUUAUUCUUUAGCUUCUCAUUUCCCUCCAAGAUGGUGUCCUUUCAACAUGAGAGUGCUCUCUUCCUUCUUUGCCUGUCCUUUGUGUACCAUUACAGCCUCACUCUCUGAUCAUACAACUGCUGUCUUCAAAACCAUGUUUUCAUGUAUGCAUUGGCUUCCUUUCCUGUCAUGUUCCAUUACUCUCCUCUGAGUCUUCUCAACCCAAAAAUUUUGCUUUUUGUUAUGUUCACCCCCAUCCUCCAGCCUGCCCCUCUACCCGUGGGUCCGGUCAGGACCUGACCCGCGGAAAAUACUCUACUUUACCAAGUAAAUGUAAACUACAAAGGUA